AUGUUUUACAAAUUAACGCGCAGACGCUGUACGAGAAGAGAUACAUUCCAUCUUCAUUAUUUGUCACUUGUGCAACUGUUAAUGCUGGGAUUCCGUCCAGCGAACGAUCUUCCCUUCGAUAGCGGAAAUCGGGUUCCCCGUUGUGGUGGCUCCUCCAUCUACGAAGAAAGCGCCAAAGUUGAAGAGCGUUGCGAUGAUCGUUGUUUUCUUGGGUCGCGUCGUGGGUUUCCUUAUCCUUUCCCGUGGUAG